AUGUUUGGAUCCACCAUCAUCCGCUCAGACUCCUCCAAGUCUCUCUCAGUCGGAAAAAAUGGCGACCUCAAUGACGGCGGACAGGGCAGUGUUGUUCCACCACCUAGGAAGCGCAACACUGCGCCCGGGGUUAGCAAGGUGGGGAGUUGGAUUUAUGAUCCCGUCAAUGGGAAGACUUGCCAUCAGACCCUGGAUCUUGUGGUAGCAUGCAAGUUUCAGAGGAUUACCAAACGAUGCCCGAUUAUGUAUUGUCACAAGUGUCACUGGAACAGAUACGGCGAGAGGGCUGAAGAAGUAGCGAGUUUGGAGCAGUGGACUUGCCCCAAAUGUAGGGGCAUUUGCAACUGCAGCUUUUGCAUGAGAAAAAGAAAUGAUAAUCCCACUGGUGUUUCCGCAAAGAAAGCAAAAGCUAGGGGAUUUUCCUCAGUCGCUGAAAUGCUAGUUAAAAUGACGCCCCAAGACAGAGCUACUGAAAAGGUAGCUUCUUCUAUGGCCCGUUCGUCCGGAGAGGGUUCUACCUCUGGCGAGAAGAAGUCAAUUGAUCCUUAUAGUUGUCAGAAAAGAAAGCCAGAUUGUGGUGCAAAACAUGAACCUGAAGGGAAUGGUUCAUGUGGUCUUCCCCUGCCAGAGGGAGAAGUGGUGAGCAGUGUGGGUGGAGUUGACUUACCCACAGAAGAUGCCGGGAAUGCCAUUCAGUUGAUGGAAUUUUGUGCUUCUUUUGGCGAGAGCCAGGUUGAUGCCCAAGUAUCUCAAACUGAAAAAUAUGUCGAUAGAAGCAGAAGGAGGAAAGGAGGGCGGUUCAGUCCCGUUUCAAUGUCCCAUGUUAACUCCAAAAAAUUAUACGACAUGGGCGAUAAAGAUGGAAGCCAUAAUGGAUGCUCAGGGGAUCUGGGACUCCAUCGAACCACCGGCCAGAGAGGCGGUGAGCGAUAA